CAAACAAAAGAAAACAGAAUGAAUGUGACUGAAUUCAUCCUCAUGGGACUCACACAGAACCCUCAGCUGCAGAGAAUUCUUCUUUUGAUGCUCCUUAUCACCUACAUUGUCACUGUCACAGGAAACCUGCUCAUUGUGGGUACCAUAGUCUGUAGCCAGACAUUGAACUCCCCAAUGUACUUUUUCUUGGCUUUUUUAUCUCUGAUAGAUGCAUGUUAUUCAUCCUCUAUCGUUCCUAAAAUGCUGGCAGAUUUGCUAUCAGAGACAAAAACCAUCUCAUUCCAUGGCUGCAUGAUGCAACUUUUUGUUGAACAUUUCUUAGGAGCUUCAGAGAUUGUCCUCCUUGUGGUCAUGGCCUAUGACCGCUAUGUGGCUAUCUGUAGACCUCUGCACUAUGUGACAAGGAUGAACCACCACAAUUGCUGUGUCCUAGUGGGGGUAUCACAUAGCUCUGCAGGGAGGAAAAAGGCCCUCUCUACCUGUAGCUCCCACAUCACAGUUGUUGUCUUGUUCUUUGUGCCAUGCAUUUAUACAUAUAUGCGACCAGUAACAACUUUUCAUACAGAUAAAGCCAUAGCAGUGUUUUACACUCUUGUCACUCCCAUGUUAAAUCCAAUUAUCUACACUGUAAGGAAUGCAGAAGUUAAAAAUGCCAUUAGAAUGUUACUAAAAAAGAAUUCAAUCUUAGAUAACAAAUGA